AUGUUUAGGGCGGAAGCUUCGCUCGCACAUUGUAGACACGGGCAGCCGCCUGCAAGCAUAUAUUUUCGAGGACAGCUGCUCCACUGUGCGGUACGGCGGACUUUUGACGAUGCUGAAGAUCCUGAUAUCAACAAAGUGCUGUACGAAGACGAUCUUUUCUCGUAUAAAGUACGGAAAGUCGUUAGUCUAGGGACCGCCCUUCACGAGGCAGCAAGCACUGGACGACCGAGCGUUAUUCAAAUGCUGAUUCGAAGGGGUGCUGAUGUCUCCAUCCGCGACCCCCGAGAAAGUACGGCGCUUGAGCGCUGCUUCGAUGCGCUGAGAACUCUUGAUCUCAAUACUAACACUACGAUAAAAGUUGGCCCAGUCAGAUGGGCGUAG